UAAGCUAAGGAAGUUGGGGGGUUUUCCUAGAGAUUGUUAAAACUUAUAAAUUAAAGUUCUUCUUCUUCUUCUUCUUCCAUUCUUCGGCAGAAAACAACAAGACAGCCGCCACCGCUGACUAUUUUUUAUUUCAUAUUUUGUUCAACAAUGAUGGUCCAAAUUCUUCUCAAGUUAAUUUAUGAUUGACGCAUCAUUGAUAGGUAUUGUUCAACAUCAUUGACGCAUCAAAAUUAUGGUCCCAAAUAGGUACUGUUUUAAUACGAAAAGUUGACAAAUUAACUUGAUAUAGACUGUUCAUUUGUUUUCUGACGUGAGCUUGGAUCCAAGUUGUCUUUAAAUGCCACCAAGUACAUUAUGCAAAGAAUAGGCCUAACCGUGGUAAUAAUUUAUCACUGACGGUGGGUGCCAUUACCUUAACCCUUUUUUUUUUUUUUUUUUGCGCUACGUAUUUCCUCGGGCACGAACUUUCACAUUCAGAAAUAUGGAGAACUCAAAAAUCGUGAAAGGUGGAGAUGGUCCAAAUAGCUACUUCAAGAACUCCAAGUUACAGGGAAAUGCCUCGGAUCUGGCAAAAAAACUGCUGGUUGACGGUAUUGCAGAAUCACUAGAACUGCCGCCUAAAGAUUACCGGGCGGCAGGGGCCGCGGUGUUCGCCAUCGCCGACUUUGGAUGUUCGGUUGGUCCCAACACGUUUUCAUCCGUGGCCUCCGUAAUAGAGGCGGUGAAGCACAAGUACGAGAAGAAUUCCGAGGCCGUCCCCGAAUUCCACGUUUUUUUCAACGAUCAAGUGUCCAAUGAUUUCAACACGCUGUUCAGAUCAAUUCCGCACGACAAACAAUACACGGCGGCUGGUGUUCCGGGCUCAUUUCAUGGCCGUCUUCUACCCAAGUUCUCGAUCAACUUGAUGAUCUCGAACGUGGCUCUCAACUGGUUGAGUAAAAUCCCCGAGAGUGUCACUAAAAGGGACACUCCGCAGUGGAACAAAGGGAGAGUCACGUACGCGAGGAGUUCCCCUCAAGUCGUGGAGGCUUUCAAAGCUCGAUUUGUCGACGACAUGAGAGAUUUCUUCGGCGCAAGGUCGGAAGAACUAAUCCCUGGUGGGCUAUUGGCAAUUCUUAUACCUUGUAGAUCACAAGGGACUUCCCCUUGUGAAUCAAAUGUAGUGUUGGUCGCCGAUAGUAUGGGUGAUGCACUUGCGGACUUGGUCAACCAGGGAAUAAUAAGUGAAGAUGUUGUGGACUCCUUCAACUUUCCUACAUUCAUCCCAACAGCCAGUGAGAUGGAGGAAAUUAUAGUGACAAAUCAUGGCAAGCAUUUCAGCAUCGAAGCCAUGCAGGAGAUACACUUGCCAUCACAUUUAAACAACCCUCAAGGUAUUCAGCACACAAGCAACACCAUGAGAGCUGUAAUGGAAUGUCUCUUGAACCAACAUAUUGGUCUUCCUCACGUUGUUGAUGAAGCCUUUAGAAGGUAUCCCGAGAAGAUCGAAAACCUCGUGAAGAAUAAGGCUCCAGAUAAUAAUACCAGUGCUGCUCAGUUUGAGAUGUGGGAAUUUCUGUUCGUGUUGCUAAAGCGUAACCGCUGCAUUGUUGCAUGAUUGAGUUUAGUUUCUGUAAUAAUAAUAACGGGUCAUACAACUAGAUCUAUGUCUAGUCGCUUCGUCGCGAAAUGAUUAGGGAAAUUGUUCACUUUAAUUGUUUCUUUUCCCCUCUUUCUUUCUUAUUGUUGUUACCUAAUAAUUAAGGAUUUCCACUUCACUUUCAAGUUUUGUAAUUUGUUAUAUCGUUGCCUACUUACUGGUGAUGAUUGUUGGUUUGUUUUCUAUGAUCGGAGAAUAUAUACAAGUAUUUGUUACGCACGUCUGUGUGUAUGGUAUUCACGAUUUAGAACUCUCUCCGUCCAAUUUGCAUUUUUCGUUUUAAUAUAAUUUAAACUAGAAUUAAAAAUCCAAACUGCA